CCUUGACAACGGCCGGGAGAGCGCGCGGCUUGGCGGCUGAAGCGCCGAGGUGGCUGUAACGGCUGCCGAGGCGGCGGAAGGAGGUCGAGGGGAGGAAACUGAGGCCCAGAGAAAGGAAGCAACUUGCCGAGGGAGUGCAGGAACGGGACACAGAAUAGAUACCUGGAGUCGGAGGGAACGAACGAUGCCUUGAUCGCUUUCCACGAACCACUUACUCCGUCUGAGCCUCGGUUUCUCCAUCUAUGGCAUUACCUACCAUUCCCUUCUCCUGGCCCACCCGCAGCAGACUGCUAGAAAGGCAGAUUGUGCGUCACCGAGAACAAGAAGCCCGAUUCCGGCAACAGUGGGAUGUCAACAGUCGCUAUUUCAGAGAAUCUGAUGUCUGGAGCUCCAAACAGGCCCAGUGGAGCUCAAGAGCAUGCUACCAGCAGAGCAUGCAAGCAUACGAACAGCAGAAACUGAAGGAAGAGAAGAAAAAGAGUUUGGUGGAACGAAGGAAACGUCUGGCUAAACUCCUGGCAGAGGAGAGGAGUCAGUUCACCAAAGAACUGAAAGAGAAGAGGCUGAAUGUGGCUUUGAGAGAGAGUGACAUGAGAGCAAGAAGCGAGAGACUGAAGUCGGCAAGAGAACAAGAGAGGAAAUCGGUUGCCGAACAGCUUCUGUAUGAACACUGGAAGAAGACUGACCCCAGAUUUCGACAGAUUGAAUCAGCUCUUCACAGAAAGCAUGUGGUAGACUCCUGGGAAUCUCAGCUGUCAGAAAGAAAACAGCAAGAAACUGCCGAGAAAGAAGAAAAAAUACACUUUGAAAACCAGUAUGAGAGGGCCAGAAGGGAAGCCAUGGAGCGGAUGAGGCGCGAAGAAGAGAAGAGACGCCUGGAGGACAAGCAGCAGGCAGAGGCUUUGCUCCAACAGAUGGAAGAGCUCAAGCUCAAGGAGAUGGAGGCCACAAAACUGAAGAAAGAACAAGAGAAUUUGCUGAGGCAACAGUGGGAACUUGGUUUACUGGAGGAGGAAAGGAAGAACAUGGAGGAGUACAGGAAGAAAGCGGAGCUGGGACGCUUUUUGAGACACCAGUACAACGCUCAGCUGAAUCGACGUGCCCAGCAAAUCCAAGAGGAGCUGGAGGCAGACAAACGGAUUCUCUUGGCCCUUCUGGAGAAGGAAGAUGAGGACCAACGGCGGGACUCAGCCAGGCGGGAGCAAGCAGCGGCAGAUGCCGCGUGGAUGAAACAAGUCAUUGAGGACCAGCUGGAAGUGGAGAGAGCACGAGAAGCCGAGCUGCAGAUGUUGUACAGGGAAGAGGCCAAGCAGAUGUGGGAGAAGCGAGAGGCCGAGUGGGAGAGAGAGAGGCAGGCUCGAGACCGACUGAUGAAAGAGGUUCUUACAGAGAGACAGCAUCAGCUCCAAGAAAAGAUUGCACUAAACCGGCGUGCGCAGGAGGAAGCCUUGAAGUACAGGGAGCAGCUGAUUCGAGGCCUGGAGGAGGCGAGGGAGGAGAGCCGCAGGGAACGCGCUGAGGAGGCAGAGCUGAAGACGGCGCGUAAGCAAGAGCUAGAGGCCCAGGUUGCAGAGCGCCAUCUCCAAGACCAGGAGGAACAGGAGCAACAGAGAAAGGAAGAGGCAGAGGCGAGGCACGCGGACCAGUUGUCUGAGGAGCUCAUUGAGCAGGAGGCCCGCCUGAUGAGCCAGCGCGGCUUCCAGUCCAAGCCCUAUGGGCGUCCCAAAAUUGCCUGGAACUGAACCCGGAUGCCCAGAAAGCCCUAGGACCAAGGACACUGAGGUGUCGGCUGCAUUGCUAAUAAAACUGAUCAGGUAUUCUGGGGAUUACAAAUAAGCAUUCUGUUACGCUCGCCGUUUGGAAAAGGUUACUGGAGUAUUGCUCAGAGUAAAUUAAAUGGGCAUGGGACUGGGCCAGACCCUAAGGGGCUGGGGCCUGUGCAGGCAGGCUAAUGUAAAAAUGUAGGCCUUGUCAAAGUGUAAUGAAAGAGGUGAACGUUUAGGAAAUUUUCAGUUAGUUUUCUAUGGAAACUAAGUUAUUUGUAAAUAGCAGAAAGUUCUAAAGUUCUUAGUUAUUAAGUGUUGGACAUUUGGCUCUUCAGUAAGAAUUUCAUGUAAACUGUAAGAUAGAAUGUGUCUGAGCCGUGGGCUCAUGCUCAUUCAAACCCCCACAGUUACCAGUAAAUGUAAACGUUUAGUGAUGCUGUUGGCUUAUUGUAUAAAUUUAAAUCGCUAAAGGCCAUUUAUUUA